UUAUUCAAUUAUAUAAUGUAAUAUGACUACGUAAUAACAUCAUAAAUUUUAUUUUAGUAUGAGAAACAACUAUAAAUGAAGUAACACUAAUGCCACAGUAUUAUUUGUUGCAAUUGCGCCAUCCCGCUGAAAACUGUGACGAAAAAUAAAAGUAUUUUGUCGGGUUCAUCUCGGUCGAUAUCAGCAAUAAAAAGAACAUAUUGAAAUUAUGCGAUUUAUUAACUUGUUAUAAAUAAGAACAGCUUUUAGAACGUAGAGCUCUAUUCGUAAUGCAAACAGUAAAAAAGGAAACAAGAAAAUCUAAAAUCAGUGGAAAAGUGCGCACGAAGCGGGAAAUGUUCUCUAUGGCCCCGAAGCGACGACGCCACGUACUAGAUGGUAUAUUAUUGAUCAAUAAGAGAGGCUAACAUGGGUGACCUGUGCCGGCAGAGGCAGCUGUUACUUCGUCCGUAUUUUUACGUGACGCGUGUGUACCGCGAGAAACCGAUUUUCAAACAAAGUGUUCAUACGAUCUUGCUGUUUUUUUGGCUGUUUGUGACAAAAUGCGAUCGUGUUGUGGAACAAGAAGUACCGACCGUACGUGAAACGCGCCAAUCUCAUACUCCCGUGGAAAUACACGAAUUGAGGGAGACAGAGGGAGUAACGGAAGAGUAACGGCCAGCCAGGAUAGUUAAAGAGGCACGGAGAUAGGCUGCGGGGGAAAAAGGAAUUGGGAGUGGGAGUGAGGGAGCAGAGAGAGAAAGAGAGAAAGAGAGAGAAAGAUAGAUAGAUAGAUAGAGAAAUAGAGAGAGAAAGAGGGAGAGAGAGAAGGAGUAAACGUGUGCAAGAAUAACAGAAAAAAGCGAUAGAAGAGAAAUCAUAAAAACAAAAGGAGAAAAAGACGUGUGAACGACAUGUGUCUGUGUUGAGAAUUCUAUCCACGAAAGUACGGUGGCCCAGGGUGCGCCGAGAGAGAAGAUCGGUAGCAUUCUCCUCUCCUAUAUCCGAUACUUUCUCGUCGCCUACACGGGACUAUCGAUGCAGACCUUACGGAAGAAAAACAGUCCGUGCAAGUUCAAGAACGAACCAACCCGAUUUCUAGGGGAGGGUGUGUCGUUCAAAGCGAAAUUGAUUGGCAUAUUGGAAGUAUCGGAAGCACGCGGGGACCGGAUGUGCCAAGCAGCUUUGGCGGAUCUGAAGAUGGCGAUUCGAGCUGCUGGCGAACACAAACAACGAAUCGCCGUCCAGGUCAGCAUCGAUGGAUUACGCUUGCGGGACGAAAAGUCUGGGGACUGUUUGUAUCACCAUCCUGUACACAAGAUAUCGUUUAUCGCGCAGGACAUGAGCGAUUCGAGGGCUUUUGGAUACAUUUUUGGAUCACCGGACACUGGUCAUCGUUUCUUCGGCAUCAAGACAGAUAAAGCAGCAAGCCAAGUGGUAAUCGCGAUGCGAGACUUGUUUCAAGUGGUGUUCGAGUUAAAAAAGAAGGAGAUCGAGUUAACGAAGCAGCAUUUAGAACAGAACGCUAUAAACGUUAUUAAAUUUCAUACCACUGGCAUCUUUGUCGAACCUACCCCUGAUACUAAAGGUGCAGCAGGAUCAGAAUCUUCUCUUCAUCGGCAAGGUAUCCAUCACAUGGACAAAAUUACCCCUGAAAAUCCACCACCUUCCACUGAUGAUCUCUUUGAAACCGAUCCAUUUGGCGAUUCUUUUGCGAAUAUGAAACUGGAAGAUACUGUGAGACCAAUUCUACCACCACCACCCUCAUCUUCCAAAAGAGGCCACCUAGAGCGACAGCAAACGAUUCCAGGCGCCCAAUCGUCAAUCACAUCGAGUCCAGCGACCACAUUGACUAGUAAAACUCCUCCACUUCAAAGUACCAUUCAGUGGUUCGACAAAGAAACCGAGAAUCUAUUCAGUGACAGCGAACUCACAAACUCGACCAAGAAUAAUACACCGGUUAAAAAAGAUGUGGAAGAGACUCAAGCCAAGAGUCCACAGAUAGAUGUUUUCACGGAGCUGGAUCCAUUAGGAACCGGUUUAAUCAAACCCUAUGUGGACAAGAAGGACUUUUUUCAACACUUGAAGAAUCCUCCCAAGAAGGUGCUAAAAGAUUUAGUGUCCACUAACUCGGCAGAUACGUUCCCAACGAACUUUAACGUUCUCUCAGAACCACUAGAGUCAGUGAAACCACGAAACGAUGUGGCCGCCAAAGAAAAUCAAUUCGAGGACAGCAAUUUCGCGAAUUUCGAUCGCUUCGACGAGAACGAGGCGAUCCAAUCAGUUUUCGCGCGCACUGACUCGUGCAGAAGAACAGAUAUCACGUCUAGACCGGCUCAUCAUCAACCUCUUUCCGUGUCUCUGCCUCCUGAAGACACCCCGAAACCAUCCUCAACCAUCCCGACCUCUUCAGGUGUCUCUCUACUUACAAGAAUGGAAAAAGACUCUACAGAGUCUAUACACGGCCUGGUAAAGCUUCCUAGUCCCAUAAAAUCGACCCGUAAAAAGGAAUUCGACGUAGACAUAUCCGGUAACAAAACGCAAUCCAUGGACAAGACAUUCCCUGUUGACUUUUCGGCAACCAAUGAAUCACCAGCUUCUCCGUUAAAAUCCUGUUCCUCAGAUGCCAAUUCUAGACUAUCAAGUUCGUCCGCUGAAUUGGAACUCGUACCUGAACCACCUCCUCGAGGUAUCGCCAAUAUUCUGAUCAAUCCACCACCUCUGCCGCCGAAGAAGCAAGGAGUUAGGGGUAUGAUAAAACCUCCUCCAAGACCACCGCACACAGAGACUUAUUUCCAUUACGAUUUCCCUGAAAGGGAGUCCGAGGUGACCAAAGAUAGGAGCAAAAGCCCGUUGAAGGAGGCGAAGAGCCUCCAAUCCGAUGACAAUUUCAGUCCGCCUGUACAAAUGUCAAACAAGUCUGAUUUGAUAAGCGCGAUGACCACGUCGACGUUCGAAGACUCGUUCAGCUCUAUGGUACCUACCACGAAUUUGUCCACGUUUUUUACAUCGACCAGUGUGACUACUGGACCCAAAAAGACGAAACCCUCGUUGGAUAUCACGUUGAGCCAAUUAACGUCUGCUAAUUUAGAUGAAUUGGCUAACAGUUUAGGUAUGACCGUUAAAGAGUUAACUAGUUUGACUCUUCAACAAUUGACCGAAUGUUUGGCUACCUUGUCAGCCAAGGAAGCUGCAUCCAGUGACACGGAGGAGCCAGUUUCUAUGAAACAAGAACCAGCGACUGUUGUCCAACCGCAAUCAAUGUCUGGCGCGGUGCAUUCGAGACCAUUCAACGAACCUUUCACCAAGAACUUUGAACAGGAAACCAAACAAGAUACUACCUAUGAUAAAUACGCUGUUUUUAGGGAAUUGUUUGAGCUAGAACAGAUGGAGAAGAAUGAAGAAACUACGACGAAAGAGUCUACCGAAGAGGAAGCGUCUUCAAUGAAGAAGGAAGAGUUCGAGAUAAUUAGCCAGCAGCAUGAGACUAGUGAGGAGAGUAGAUCAGAUACAUUGGCCACUUUAGUGAAUCUAACAGUGAAACUUCCACCUAGCAAUGAGGAUCUGACUAAGGAAGAACCAAGUGCAAAGUCUGAGGAAAAAACAGAAUCUUCGAAUAUGGUGUUUGAAAAGACUCAAUCAGCUGAAUCAGAGAGUAAAGCAGAAUCAAUGAUAGAAUCUGAAGCAUCCACAGACUUGUUGUCGAAACCAGAAGAAGAGGAAUCUGAUAAAACUAAACCUAUAGUGGAAAUUGAAGAGAAAAUGGAGGAAACCGAGUCUGAGAAACCUAGUGACUCCAAUGAGGAUUCUGAUAAGCCAGUUACAGAAAAAACUACGGAAGAAACGAAUGGUUCAUUAGCAAUAGACAAAGUUGAAGUGAAGCCCUCCGCAUCGAUAUCCAGCGACAAAUAUGCCGCUUUACGCGAGAUUAUUGGUGAACCAGAGCCUCCUGUCAAACCAACUAAAGAAGAUACAGCAACCUCCACCAGAAUGUCUCCUGUGGUCCAAUUACCGGCUCAGUCCAAGCCUUCGGCCGAGGUAGAGCUGUUAAAUCUAUUUUCCGACACGCCUCCCCCUUCCAGCCCUAAGAAACAGUCCAAGAAAGAGGAAGACACAGGAAUGAGCAUGGACAUCUUCGAGGAGAUCAAAAUGUUGAGUACCAGUGGUCAGCCAACGAAGACCAAGUCAUUGAUUCCCGAAGAUAUCUUCUGCCCGUUCACGGAGCUGAAACCAGAGAGAGAUGAAAGCAAAGACGAUAGCAAUUGGACCAAAUUCGAUACAAGUCUCUUCGUAUCGGACAGACCACCUUCGGAGUGUCCUCCUUCGAUCAGUGGUACUUCGCCCUGGUCCCCCGACGGCAAAGAGUUCCACAGAGAGUCUUCUUUCAAAGGUAGCGUGUACCAGCAAUCUGGUGACAGCGACAACGAGUGGAAAGACGAAGAAGAAAGCGAGGAGAGCAACGGGAGGAUACGAGAUCCCAGAUUCAGGUGUAGUCACUAUCCCAGAUUCGACGGUCCUUUUGGAGACAGAGGUUUCUACGAAGAAACGGGAUCCAAACGUGACAGAGGGUUCCGAGACAGGAUGAUGGAGGAUAGGAAGUCUCGUGACGCGGCUUGGAUUAAAAACACCGGACACAGACCUCGGGAUUCCUCUCCCUGGCACGACGAGAGUCAAUGGGAGAAAGAGUCCAAACAUUAUCCUCACAGGAAGAUGCAAUAUAAGGACGAAGAUGAGCAUUACGAGGCUCACUGGAAGUGCAGAUCCAAGCCUCAACGUUGGAACUGGCCGCACGAGCACGGGCCGUUCUACGACGACGAGAGAAAGAGGAAGAUGAUGCUGUGGAAGGAAGACAGGUUUGGCAGUCAAGAAAGCAUGGGGUACGACGACGACGACAGGUGGUCCAGGAGGAAAUACGAGAGAAGAAGGUGGCCAGAAGAGGAUGCCAGAUUCUGGAACAGAAGGCAGCAGGCCACCGAUUCCGACUAUCCUAGCAGGGAUUACUAUUACUACAGAGAAGCUAGAGAGCGACCACACGAUUAUCCAUCAGCCUGGAACGAAGACUACGGCUCGGAUCGACCUGGAGACGAUUCACCAAGGUACAACCAGUCUGGCAGAAAGAGACAUUGGCCCAAGAGACCGAACAGCGCGAACGAGGGGCGAAACAUCGACAUGAUUUACGGCGAAUCUCGAAGCAAAUUCGGCACCUCCAGAUCCGAGUGCAACGACAACGACUGACCUUACAUACGAUCCUCUCAACGUUCCAGGAGUCGUCAGAGCUAUUGGGGCAGCGAUCAGGAGUACGACAGUUGGGUGGAGAGGCCCUACUGGUCCGAGGAGCCGGAUACCAAGAGCGAGAGUCUGCACCGGAAGAGAGUGGCCAGGCACAAACCUCGCCAACCUCACGUCAAGACCCAGAGCCCGUUCGAGGAUGAUUUCGCCCAAAGCGUGGAGCACAUAGAUCCCUCGACCACGGAAUCUCUGACUCCGGUCGAGCCACCGAGGAUCCGUUCCGAGGGAAGCGAUCAGAAACCAUCGCCGCAGAGUCCUUCCUUCUCCACGAGGUAUUCGAAAGUAGCUAGGAGGGGGAUGGAGGAAGUAUACAGCAAGAGAUCAAGCUACUUCGAGGACGACCUGCCAUUCACAGCCACAGCGAUGAGCGAUUCGUCCGAUCGGCAGAGGCUACCCUCCGAUCAGAAGCAGACGCCUGAAGAUGUUCCUUCUUGCGAGGCCAAGGAAGCGCCUCCCGACGACUUCGUUUCCGGAGACGGCAGCCGUGAUUCCUUCUUCAAUGGACACCUGAGAUACGACGACGACGCGUUCGCUUUCAAAGCAGAAAUGGAGGACAACGUGUCCGAUCAUCGAGCCACCACCUUACCAUUGAAGAACCACACUCGUCAGGGGAAAUAUUCCGCGGGGAGCAACAACAAUAACAACAACAACAAGUCUAGAAACGACCAACACAUCAGGAAGUCGGAGUCGGUGAAUAUAUUCGUGAGGGAGAGCGAUCCGUUUGGCGACGACGAUUUCUUCGAUUGAUGGGUUGUUCGGGGAGUGUUGGAUGGGCACGGUGAUCGAUAUUCAGGGGAUGUUUCCGAUUUUUCGGGACUGAUGUCGGUGGCGGGGUGAUUCGACGGGGUGCGUUUCCUUUUUUCUGUCCAAAAACGUACCAACCUAUCAUCCAUUUAUAGCCCACGAACUAUAGAAGUGAACAAUUGUAUCAUCCAUGUUUUUCUUUGGUUCGCUUGAAACUGGUGGUGGAGGCAAUAGGUAUUGACUGAUCGAGGUCGGGUUAGGAGAUUUUAAGAGGGUUUAGCGUAGUGUUCUACUUAUAGUGGAACUGUGGAGCAUCUAAAGACUGAUUCGUUGGUAAAUGGUAGAAUUUUGUUCAAGUUGAUCAAUGUGAGCUUGCUGUUUUUUGAAGUUGUGAAUAUCCUUUCAAACAAAAUCGAGGUUGCCUCUGAAAGUUGUUAGAAUAAGAGUUGCUAAGAAAACAUAAUGUUAAAAUAUAAGUUGCAUUUUCUGAUUAAAUAAUUAAUUUCUUUAAUUAAAUAAUUAAUCCAGUUUAGUUUAGUAAAAUUACAUAAUUGAUCUUGUCAUUUAUCAGAGAAUGUAUCUUAUUAUAAAUGUAAAAAUUUGAAUUCACAGAUAACUUACAAAGCCUAAGAUUCAAGGUGCAGUUGUAUCAAUAGAUAUCACCACUUAUUUAUUUCAAUUUAUUUCAAUUAAUUUAUUGUUAUCCAUUACGGUUCUUUAUUAUUAUUAUAAAAAUUAUCAAGAUAAAUAUUUCCUCGAACAAUUACAAUACUUAUUGUCUCUGUUAUAGUUAAGUUAUUGAAAAACUAUACUUGUGUCGAGAUGUGAAUUAAAUGAUUGAAAACGAUUCAAGGGGACGUUUAUGGUAAUUAUGUAUAUCGAUGAAGAGGAUUCGACGUAUUGAUAGUGAGAUAUCGAUGGGGUACUCGACCGAUGUACCGACUGCUAGUCAUUGUUUUAAUAAAUUUGUAUAUAAUGUUAUAUCGGCGUUAGCGUGAAAUUAAUUCGUCGACCGAGGUCUGUAUAUGUGCGUGCAGUUUGUAUGACCAAUUGUUUCAUCGAUUGUGAUCUUGACGCGUAAUUUCAAUUCUCGAUCACUUAGGUUUGAGAAGAGAUGGAAUGCUUUGGAAAAUUUAGAGAAAAAUUGAAAACCCUAAUUUACGAUAUUUUAAUAUAUUUUUUUCCUUGCUAAAGUUCUACGUUUUAAAGAAAGCUUUCACUUGGUAUUGUUGGAUCGUAGAUGAUCCACUUGAUCUAAGUUUUGAGAAAAACUUGAACGAUUGAGAAAACUUUUAGAGCGGAGCUAUGAAAUAUUUGGAAAAUGAAUUUUCCAAAUGUCGAAAAUAUUAAUUUUUUUAAUUUAUGACGAGGGUAAAUGAAAAUUUUUUUUAUAUAUUUUUAUAUGUAAAGAAUUAUUGAAAUUAUCUUUCAAACAUUUCCACUUUUUUUUAGAAAUGAAUUAAUCAUUCGUGUUUUCGUUUUAUUCGUUUCGUACGAUCACGAUGCUAGUCAUGUUCGAGUGAGUUAGAAUAUUAGAGAACACAGGCCAAAUUAUUGGAUGGUUGUUGCGAUUGAAAUCGUUAGAGAAUUUUUAAAUUGGAUUUUUGUGUUUAUUUGCAAAUUAUAUUUUUAUUAAUUAAACGUGCCGAGUUGAAUUUGAAAAAAAGAAAAUAUAUUUAAAAAUUCUUUUUAGAUAUAAAAGAAUUAAACAACGAUAAUAUCUUGAUUGAAUUUUAUUUUGCAAUCAAUAAUUGUGAAAUCACGAAAGAAAGAAAAGUUUCUAAUAAUUUUAGAUGCAAGAGCCACAAUUACGAAUGCCUGACAGGAUCUCGUUCGAUAGUUAGAUUAUUUGGAAUGUUGGGAAAUCAAAAUGUGACUUUUAUACGUUUUUUGACUGGAACGAUCUUCGUUCGUAUGUCGAAUCGAUACCGUGAUAAGAACAAGAGGUAGAUUCGAAGAAAAAGAAAAGAGGAAUAAAAGAGACAAAAGACGAAGAUGUGAAAAAAACUCCGUCAAAUCUAGAUAGUUUAUUUUAAAUAGAAUGUUGCAAUUUUUUAUUUCCUCAUUCAACUGUUUUAGCAAUAGAUUUUUAUAUUUUCUUUAUAUUUUAUAUUUAUUGUGUGUAGAUAGAUGUUGAUAGUCUAUAUCCAGUCUUUUUCAACGCUUGAAUAAUAAAUCUAUUAUUUAUUUAAUUUAUUGAUCAAAUCUGUCCUACAGCAAACAAAUUGAUAGAUUCAGAGGUAUAAAUGGUACAUGGGAAAAAACUUGCAUGAAAAUUUAAUGGAGAGAUCUAUAUUAUAUUAUCAAACACUGAAAGUUUGUAAUAAACAAUUUUUUAAUUAAAUACUUAGGUAUUUAUAAUAAUUUUUAUAUUUAUAUUAUUUAUGAAACAAGUAUAAUUGUACCAUUUUUUUCACCGAGUUCCUCAAUCACAGUCAGAAUUAUUACUGAUGUAAUAAGGAAUUACAAAUUUUUGUUUAAUCGUUUGUAUACCUCACUAACAGAUUAUAAGAAAAGAUUUAAUUUUCACUUACUGUUAGCAACGCUUACUAAUGAUACGGAAAAAUGGAACAAUUAGAUAUGCAUAUCGAUAUAUACAUUAACCAAAGCCAAAGAUUUUUUUACGUUGCAAACGUCUUGCAACACUGGUCGUUUCGUUAAACAAAUAAAUAAGGAUCGAUGGCAAUAAUUGUGUUAAAGCGUAACAUUACAUUUAUCGCAAUGUUCAAUUUCGAAUUUUAAAGCGGCUUAAUCCAACAAAAAUUAAUAUUCGACGUUCAUUCGUUUAACCUUUACGUCAAUACUCGAAAUUUAAAGAAAGGAAGAAAAAAAAAAAUCAUCCAAUUUUUGAUCGCAGUAUUUUUCUGAUAAUAAUAAAAUUCUAAAUUUGGAACAUGAAUAUUGUUAUCAAAUAACAAUCCAACUGGAUUCGAAAAUAUUUUAAUGUGAAAAUAAAAAAUUUCAUGUUCUAUAUAUAUAUAUAUAUAUAUAUAUGUUAUAGCGAUUGUAUAGGGUAUUGAUAUAAGGGUUGAAAGAUAAAUUAAAAGAAAAGAAAAAAACUGAAAAGGUGUGCGAAGAACCAUUGUAAAACACGAAGUUUAUAAUUACCCAUGUGAAGUGGAAAAGCUGCAAAUAUACCUUUUAUCGAAUUGCACGCAACAUUAUCAACAAUAUUGUUUCAACAUUGUUUCAACCGUGAACAAAUUUCUACAUCCACGAGACUCAACAGAGAUUUGCCGAACGAUUAAUUAACAAUUGUGCAAUCGCGACCAUUGAAGACACAAUUUCAGGGAAAUUAGUUAACCAAAUACUUAAACCUUUAUAUACACCGUGAAAAAGACACGAACGAUUCACUAUGAGAGGGAAUCCUGCGGUUUUACA